GUUUUCCCCUCUAGUUGGGUAGGAUAUCCAUACAUGUUCACUCUGUAGUUCACUUCUACUUGCAAACAUGCAUCUGGUGCUAGUAUUUUUGUUCCUGGCCUGUGUCUGCAUUUCAGGGGUGACAUCUGUAAGUCACGUUCCUGUACUUUUAUGGUCAUCUGAAAGCUCUGUGUGGGCUUCAGCACCAGCAGUAAAUGGAGGACACAUUACAUUAAGUGAUGAAUUACAUGGGUUACUUCAAGAGGUUGUAUCAAGGAAAGGAUCUAUUGUCAUUUUCCUCCAGGACACACUAAGCAUGGAUGACAUCACAUAUUACAGCACAGUGUCUGGAAGUGAGAACCCACUGUAUAAUGUGCAGGGCAUUAUGGAUUCUUCACCAUCCUCCCUAGUUCUUCCUGCUGUGGAGUGGAGGACAAUUCCUAAUCUGCACGGAUACCUUAAAAGCCAAGCUGACUGGAAUCUGAUCAGUGUAGACAAUUUGAAUGAGCCUUUAUUAGAUCUGGAUUACACAAAACCAAACUUAAUUAUGAUAAAUCUACAGCCAAUACCCAGAUCUAAUCAGAUAUCUGCUGUCACUGCAUUCUCUGAAAAUGAUAAACACAUUGCAAAGAUCACAAAAACCCUACAAGACAGUGGAGUCAACUUUACUGCCAUUUACACUGGACUGAAACCAUCAAAGGUUGCAAAGAGUUUUGACGUGGUGCAAAAACAUGGACGACAGCUGCUGGCCACUGAUGUGACAGUUCCAUAUCCACCAUUAAAUGUGACAAAUGGAACAGACACCUGUAUUCUGUUAUAUGCAACCAAAUUUGUGAUCACUGCCAAUAGCACAGCAGCAUUUGAUCUGACAAAUGUGACAUUUGGAGCGCGUACAGCAAACACUAGCCAAUCUCAAUGUUCUGAUUACAAUACCACAUUAUCCCUGAUAUAUUCUUCUCCUGGAAAUGGACUUACAAGUCUUGAAGUAAGAUUUGUUAUGACUAAUAUGUUCUACACUGGCUCUGCAAGAAACUGGUUCAAAUUAGAAUCUGUUCUAAUAAUCCCUAAUCAAGAUAUUCUGAGAAAUGCUUCAUUCCAAACUUCUUAUGCCUCCUCACCAGCAGAGUACUCCUACCACUGCCAGGAAGUGGGGACAAGUUAUUUGACUGCAGAGAGACUUGUUCCCACCAACACUGAAGCUAACAACUGGCUAAUAACUAUUACUGAGUUCCAGAUUCAAGGAUUCAACAUCAAGAACAACCUUUUCUCCUAUGCAAGUGACUGCUCCUCAUUUUUUACUCCAGCCAUUUGGAUGGGUCUUGUGUCUACCGUUAUCCUGUUGUGGAUCUUGUCAUAUGGAAUUUUAAUGAUUAUGCAGCUAACUACAAAUGAUAAAUUUGAUGACCCCAAAGGUCCAGCAUUGUCUGUUCCUCAAGGAGACUAGAAUUUGUGGCUUGUCCUUUUAGAAUGAAUAUAUCCACGUGCACGUCUUGCACAAUUUGUGCCCAUGAUUAAAUAAUUUUUCUGCUCCAAAGCAGUUCAACAAUCAAAGCUAUAGUAUUUCAAAUCAUGACUGACUGGUGUUUAGUAAACAUCCAAUAUGUUGUUCCACAUCGAAAAUGAAAA